CUUGUUUUUGUGGCGCUGAGGCAAAAAACACACUUGGUAUCGUUUGUUCGAUUUCUUGUUUUUUCGAUAUUUUAGUCGUUUGUGAUUGAUGCUACCUCUUAAAACUGUGCUCUUAGUCAUCGCAUCGACUUAUUGUCAGCAAAUUAUGAAUAAAUUAUUGGAACUUCAAGAUGCAUUGAUAUCAAUGAAGUGCUGCCUGUGCCGAGAGGUGUUAUCAGUGCCGCCGAUAAUAGCGAUUUCUGAAGAUGGAAAACAAUUGAAGUGUGGAAGGUGUGAGAAUGUCAAGAAACCAUUCAACGCUAGAAAUUUUGCUUUCGAAAAUAUCGUGAAGUUUUUCUCAUUUCCCUGCAUCUACAAGGAUUGCAAUAAAAUGAUCUCGUGGGAAGAUGUGGAAAGCCAUGAACUCAUUUGUGAGAAAAAAACUAUCAGGUGUCCAAUUUUUUACCGAGCAUGUGAACGCAUUGUUCAGUUGCAGAAUUUGGAGGAGCACAUGGAACAAAAUCAUGAAAGACAUAUUUUUCCAGAUAGAUACCUAACCAUGAUAAUAAAAAGAAAUAAUCUUGCAAUUUCUUCUGUCAUUUCAAAUAAUCAAAUGUUUUUUGUGAUGAUCGAUAAUUCUGAUACACCAGAGGUAUAUGUUGCUUCGCUAAAUUGUAUUAACGAAUGUUUCACAUACGAUUUGAAAAUAUCCUCCGGCAUUUGUGAUGACCCAUAUUCUGUCUCAAUUGGAAAUCAGCCAAUCAACAAAUAUGAUGAAAGGGAUCAUUGUUUUCACUGUAUUACUAAGUUAUGCAAUUUGAAGCAUCAUCCCCAUUCAAAGGUAAAUGGAAAUAUACCUGUCACUGUGAAUUACAGAAAGAUUGAUCUAACUCACAUAAAACCGUUAUUAGGUGAUAUUUCUAAUAUGAAAUAUACCAUAGAAAUACAUCCAAAGAAGGACUUUGAAGAGAAAAAUAAAAAACUGGUCAAUGAAAAUUCGACAGUGACAACUCAAACCAACGAUUCAGCCGUUGUUGAUUUGUUGAGGAAGCAGUUACAGUGUCCAAUCUGCAUGGAGUACAUGGUCGGCAAUAUUUAUAACUGCCAAAAGGGCCAUGUAGCAUGCAGUGUGUGUAAAAUUCAACUGACCGAGUGUCCUUCUUGUCUAACUAAAAUUGGGAAAUCUAGAUGUUUUCCGUUAGAGAAUUUGGCUGAUGAAAUUGUACUGGCUUGUCUAUUCUCAGGAAAUGGCUGUGAUUUCACUGGAAAACUGAAAUUGCUGUCCCAGCACGAGAAACAUUGUGAACAUAUUAUACAUCAGGACUGAGAAACCUAGAUAAUCUCUCUUCGUUUUUUUGUGAUCCACGUAAAAUAAGCUCAUUCAUUGGAAUAUUAUAUAGCAUUCAGAAUCAAAUUCCUGAGAAGUAUUUAUUGAAUAUAUAUAUUAUUGUCUUGAA